GAAUCAGUAAAACUUGAGAGAUAAACGAAAUGGUUUUUAAGGCGUUAUCGAACUUUAAUUUGCAUUCAAUUCAACAGAAUUAGAUGCGAGUGUGUGUUUAUUUUUGAACAAGAAUUAGGACUACACGAGAAGGAAUGUUUUGUCCAAACUCUACGGCGGCGGUCGACCAGGUAGAAGAAAGCAAUGUGCUAGUGACUUCUGUAGUCAGCUGCAUCCUUUCCAUUAUCGGCGCCGUCAUAAUAUUGCUGACCUACUAUUGCAUGGAGUCCAUCCGCAAUACUACAAGGAAGCUGGUCACUGUGCUGAGUGUGGCAGAUUUCAUAACUUCAGCUGGUUUUCUCUCGGCGACUGUUGCCCAACAAUACACUUCAGUAAAUAAACCUUUCUUCGACACCAUAUACUGCGAGCUGCAAAGCGCUGUUACCACAUAUUCAAGCAUGGUGUCAUUUUUCCUCACUGUUGCUAUUGCCGGAUAUUUGUUUUUCGCAAUCACUCGCAAUGCCGUUGUUGGAAAAGGAUUUUAUUUAGCUUCAAAUAUUGUGUCAUGGAUAUUUCCAGGCAUCAUUAUAGGAGUCGCUUUACAAUAUAAAAUGCUGGGUCGUGCGACUAGUGAUCCAAUUGGCACCGGUCCUGGUGCUGGGUACGUUGUUAUGACUGGGACGAAGCAGCCCAAAACCGUACACUGUUUUACAUGCUAUUUACUGGAAAAUUUUGGGAAAUCAGUUGUUACCUUCUGACAGCGACAUUUUACGUGCUCCUGAAACUUAAAUUGGUAAGUUUAAGUGCACCAAAGCAAACACCUAUUUUUCUAUUUUUGUAACUUAAGCAGGAUAAUUAUACAUUUCAUUCAAAUUUUGAAACAAAAUUCUCUGGAA